AUGGAGCCGGCGGGACGUCCUGAGCCCGAGUCGAGCUGCGGCGCCAGCUGGUCCGAGGCCCGGGCUGGACGGGACGUGGUCCCCCACCCAACCGGUGUCUUUCAGGUUGCAGAAAGGUUGCAAAAAAGGAUAUGCGCACUUUGCCCCAAAGACCUCGAGUGUAGUGUCCUGUACUUUGCACAGUCAGAGAAUAUAGCUGCUCAUGAAAACUGUUUGCUGUAUUCCUCAGCGCUUGUGGAAUGUGAGGAUCAUGAUCCGUUCAAUAAUGAUAGAAAUUUUGAUGUGGAAUCAGUAAAGAAAGAAGUCAGGAGAGGAAGGAAGUUGAAAUGCACAUUUUGUGGGAAAGCAGGAGCCACCGUGGGAUGUGAUUUAAAAUCCUGUCUCAAGAAUUACCACUUUUUCUGUGCCAAGAGUGAUAACGCAGUUCUACAAGUUGGUGGACCUAAAGGAACUUACAGAGUAUGGUGCCAACAACAUGCUGACCUUCAAAAUGACCUACUCUCAGUGAAGCCUUUGUCUGGUGUCUCCCAUUCUCACUAUAGUCAGCGGACUGAACCAAAACAUGGAGUGAAAAGUAAAAGGGGGAGGAAAAAACAUCUCUCAACAGGCAAUCCUGUACAGGACCCGAAAGUCGAACAGCACACGAAGACUGCAGCAGCUGUUAAGAAUGCAACCCAGUGCUCCCAUGCCAUCUAUGACAAGAAAAAAAGAGCUACUACCCAGACAUCAAGGGAUUGUUUUGUCAAGAGGGUAGAUAGAACUGAAUCCAGCAAGGAACCAGAACCUGUGCCAUCCACGUCAGGCCCACCGGAAAGAAUGGCAUUGGAUAGGAAGGAAAAGGAUGGCAGACACACAGAUGCAAUUGUGAAAGUUGCUUUUCUUAAGAAAUGUAAAGAAGCGGGUCUUAUUAAUGCUUUAUUUGAAGAAAUAUUAGACAAACUUCAUUUGAUGCAAGAAAGACUCACGGAUGAGACCACUUCAGAAUCAGACUAUGAAGAAAUUGGGACUGCACUUUUUGACUGCAGAUUGUUUGAAGACGCAUUUGUAAAUUUUCAAGCAGCAGUAGAGAAUAAAAUUCAUCAAUUUGAACAAAGGCAGCAGCAGCUGAAGGACGAGAUUGAGCUACUUCAGGACUUGAAACAAACCUUGUGCUCUGAGCUUCAGCCAAGUUCUACUUCAGAUUCUUCUCUGUCUUCUUAA